GGGGGGGGGGGGGGGGGCCUGGUCUCCUUGGACAAUAUCCAUCCAGGGACCUGGGACAGCUCCUCUCCUGUGAUCCAAGAGUGUCUCCUAAAUAAGCACGCAUUUUAUGGCCCCUUAUCCCCUCACCAUGAAUCCAGACCGAGAAGGGUCCCCGGGGCCAAACCCCAAACAGCCUGAAGCUAGCAAGACUGAGCUGCCUGUGGCCAGCACUCCAGAAGUGACCAGUGAAUGGAAGGGCCCACCAUUGAACUUCAGUGUGGAGUCCCUGAUCUCUGACAGGAAGCCAGGCAAGGUGCUGGCUCCAGACAAUGUGAGUGAUUCAGAGCCUCACCAGUCCCCUGCUCACACCAGGACUCUGAAUGCUGAGAACACAUUUCCAUCCCUGGAGGGGCUUCCUCCGGCAGGGGAAAGGUGCAAGCAGGACACGGACAGUCUGGCAGAGAAGGGCAGCAGCACCUGGUACCAGAGCCCACCCUACUCCUCACCCUCAAGACACCCAAGUCCCCCUCCGUGUACCUUGAGGAAGCACAAAAAUAAUAGGAAACCAAGGACCCCCUUCACUACAUCUCAACUGUUGGCUCUGGAGAGAAAGUUUAGACAGAAGCAGUAUCUGUCAAUAGCUGAGAGAGCAGAGUUCUCCAGUUCUCUGAACCUCACAGAGACCCAAGUCAAGAUUUGGUUUCAGAACAGAAGAGCCAAAGCAAAGAGGCUACAGGAGGCCGAACUAGAGAAGCUGAAACUAGCUGCUAAACCCUUGCUGCCUUCAUUUGCACUUCCGUUCCCUCUAAGUGCCCAACUGGGAUCUACAUCGUAUGGCCCACACAACUCUUUCCAGAGACCAGGCCUACCCAUGCCAGGACUCUUUACAACACCGGUCACAUAUGGGAUGUAUUAUUUGUCAUAAAGUCAGAAAACAGACUGUGCACUACAUGAAUCUUCAGAGGAGCGUAAGGUGGAACAUCAGCUUACCACCUGGACUCACAACACAUCCAGUGCAUAGACCUCCAAACAGUGGUGCCUUCUUAUUAUUGCAAAUAUGUGGCACAGGAUUGUUAAUAAACAUCUCCAGAAAUGUUCUGCAAUGUAAAUAUCUUGGUUCAGUAUUGGGAGGGUGGAUUGGGAGGUUCUAAAGUACAAAAAUAAUACAAUUUUACAUUAAUCACUAGAGCACUGAAAAAAACCCAUAUUUUUGGUAUGUUGUUUUGGUAUAUUUUUAAAACAGUACUGAAAUUGUGAGGAUAUUUAAUUAUAUAUUUACAUUUACCUUGCUUUUCAUUUGUAUUUAAGGUUUAACAUUGACCAGACGUGAUCAAAUAUCUUCCUGGGAACUUUUUUUGAGUUGUCCAGAGAUCCCCCUGGGCAAAGGCACUUCUUGGGCAAAAUGGGCCCAGUCAACUGCAACAGGGUAUGGAAGGGUCUGAAAAGAGGGUGGUAUUGUAUGGUCGUGACAGAGUAAAGGAACACUCACACCACAUACAAGUUCAUCUCUAUGAGGUUGUUAUAGUGAAAGGAGUACCUGGGCACCAUUUACCUUUGUUGGUUAAACCAUGUUCAAAUGGUUUAAUGCCCAAGUUGAU